CAGCGAGUGCAAGUGUAAAGUCUAACUUCUUCAACACCUUCCCCACGGUUUCUACUUACUACAAGCGAUCAAUCAUAAAGUGGAUGUACCAUUGUCUGGCUGAUCCCAUGGGCAAUUGGUAGAUAUAUAAGUACUGUCCCUUCAUCAUCCCACCACAACUCAGAAACGAAAGAGAAGACGAAUCCUUCACAGCAUCUCGAGCUCGCUAGGCUGAGUCAGGUCAAGUCAAGAUGGGACCUACAACUUUUGAAAGUCCUACGCGGAUUGAAAUUUUAGGGAAAGAAGAUAUCAUCGUUGAUUUCGAUAUCUGGCGCAAUUUCGUUGCAGAAGAUUUGCUUACAGACCUCCCCUCAUCUACCUAUAUUCUCAUCACCGACACCAAUCUCUCCCCCCUCUACGUCCCAGCUUUCCAACAGUCCUUCGAGGCACUUGCUGCCAAAUCGAGUUCAACACCUCGACUUCUUACCUAUGAAAUACCACCAGGGGAGAAUUCUAAGAGUAGAGAAACAAAAGCCGAGAUUGAGGAUUGGAUGUUGUCGCACCAAUGUACAAGGGAUUCGGUCAUAAUUGCUUUGGGGGGAGGAGUCAUUGGUGAUAUGAUCGGCUAUGUUGCAGCAACUUUUAUGAGAGGUGUACGAUUCGUACAGGUCCCAACGACAUUGCUGGCCAUGGUCGACUCCUCCAUUGGUGGAAAGACGGCAAUCGACACUCCUUUGGGAAAGAAUUUGGUUGGUGCAUUUUGGCAACCACAGAGAGUUUACAUAGAUUUGCGAUUCCUAGAAACCCUACCUGUGCGCGAAUUCAUCAAUGGCAUGGCAGAAGUGAUCAAAACUGCCGCCAUCUGGGACGAGGUAGAGUUCUCCGCACUCGAGGAUAAUGCGAAUCUCAUUAUGACGACAAUUCGAGCCAAGAAUACAGAUUGCUCUACAAGAUUAGCCCCAAUCCGAGAUAUAUUGAAAAGAAUAGUACUAGGCUCGGCGAAGACCAAGGCGGAUGUUGUGUCUGCAGAUGAGAGGGAAGGUGGAUUGCGGAAUAUUUUAAAUUUCGGUCACUCAAUUGGGCAUGCAUUUGAAGCAAUUCUAACACCGCAAGUGCUACACGGAGAAGCUGUAGCUAUUGGAAUGGUGAAGGAAGCAGAAUUGGCUAGGCAUUUGGGAGUUUUGAAACCAGGAGCCGUCGCUCGUCUCGUCAAAUGCAUAGCCAGUUAUGGACUACCUACCUCUCUUGCAGACAAACGCAUUCAAAAGCUCACGGCAGGGAAGCUAUGCCCAGUUGACGUACUAUUAGAAAAGAUGGGGGUCGACAAGAAGAAUGAUGGAAGAAAAAAGAAGAUUGUUUUACUUUCCGCCAUUGGUAAAACAUAUGAACCCAAGGCCAGUGUCGUGGAGGACCGACCAAUCAAAGUCGUCUUAUCUGACUCGGUCGAGGUCACACCUAGCGUACCCGAGACUUUGAAUGUCGAGGUCACACCACCAGGCUCAAAGAGUAUCUCUAACAGGGCUCUUGUUCUUGCGGCUCUUGGUACUGGCCCUUGCCGCAUCAAGAACCUCCUUCACUCGGAUGAUGUAGAGUUCAUGCUUACUUCAAUUGGUAAGCUUGGUGGUGCCACAUAUGCAUGGGAAGAUGCGGGUGAAGUGCUCUGUGUUCAAGGUAAAGGUGGCGACUUGCAUGCCAGCCCUUCUGAACUUUAUAUUGGAAACGCAGGUACUGCAUCUCGUUUCCUUACAACUGUGGUUUCGCUGUGCAAGCCUUCAGCCUCAACAAAGUCUACCGUUCUUACAGGGAAUGCACGAAUGAAAGUUAGACCUAUUGGUCCGUUAGUCGACUCGCUACGUGCUAAUGGUGUUGAUAUCGAAUACCUUGAGAAGGAGCACAGCCUUCCGCUCAAUGUUGCUGCUUCCGGUGGGUUUACUGGAGGUGACAUCAAUUUAGCCGCUACCGUAUCAUCUCAAUAUGUCUCGUCUCUUCUCAUGUGCGCUCCUUACGCUAAGAAUCCUGUGACCCUGCGUCUUGUUGGCGGGAAACCCAUUUCGCAACUUUACAUUGAUAUGACAACAGCGAUGAUGGCAGCUUUCGGGAUCCACGUCGUCCGAUCACAGACGGAAGAACACACUUACCAUAUUCCACAAGGGGUUUACAAGAACCCUGAAGAGUAUGUAGUCGAGAGUGACGCUAGCUCAGCGACUUAUCCACUCGCUGUAGCUGCCAUCUCUGGAAGUACUUGCACAAUUCCAAACAUCGGAUGCAAGUCUAUUCAAGGCGAUGCUCGAUUCGCGGUCGAAGUUUUAAAACCAAUGGGAUGUAAGGUAGUUCAGACAGAUUAUUCCACCACCGUGACUGGUCCUCCCAUCGGAUCACUUCAAGCUAUUGAGGAAGUUGAUAUGGAACCAAUGACAGAUGCUUUCUUGACUGCUUCCGUAUUAAGUGCAGUGGCAAAAGGCACGACUAGGAUAAGAGGAAUCGCCAACCAGCGUGUUAAGGAAUGCAAUCGAAUCAAAGCAAUGAAGGAUGAGCUUGCAAAAUUUGGAGUGACAUGUCGUGAACUCGAAGAUGGAAUCGAGGUUGAUGGUGUACCAAUAAAAGACUUGAAGCACCCAGCUGAAGGCAUUCACUGUUACGACGAUCAUCGCGUAGCAAUGAGUUUCAGCGUAUUGUCUGUCGCUGCAAGCCAGCCAGUUCUCAUUGAAGAGCGCGAAUGUGUUGGGAAGACCUGGCCAGGAUGGUGGGAUAUCCUCUUUAAGUCAUUUCAAGUAGAGCUUGCUGGCAAGGAAGUCAAAGCCACGCACAGCAAAAAAAGUGGAAUCCCAGCGCUACCAGAUAAGUCCAUCUUCAUUAUCGGUAUGCGCGGAGCUGGAAAGACUACGGCUGGUGCAUGGGCUGCGAAAAUUCUUGGUCGACCUUACAAGGAUCUUGAUGUAGAGUUGGAGCGCGUCUUGGGGAUGUCAAUACCUGAUAUGGUUAGAUCGAAGGGCUGGGAUUUCUUCAGAGCCGCCGAAUUGGAUCUUCUAAAGCACUGUCUGACUGACCAGUCAGAGAAGCAUGUGUUCGCCUGUGGUGGUGGAGUUGUUGAAAUGCCCGAGGCACGAGAACUUUUGAUCAAUUUCCAUAAAUCUGGCGGAAUUGUACUUUUGGUUCAUCGAGACACCGAGCAGGUCAUGGACUAUCUUCGCAUAGACAAGACUCGACCUGCUUAUGUUGAGGAUAUGAUGGGAGUCUACUCUCGCCGCAAACCUUGGUUCAAUGAAUGCAGUAAUUUCCAAUAUCAUAGCAAGGGCAGCGGUGGCAGCGCACUCUCUGUUGCGGAACAGGAUUUCGCCAGGUUCCUGCAUCACAUUUCCGGAAAGAGUUUACACUUUGACGAGAUGCGAAACAAACCACAGUCAUUCUUCGUUUCCCUUACAAUGCCGGACAUAUCAGCAGCAGCUGAUAUAUUACCUAGUGUUGCUGUAGGUUCUGAUGCCGUGGAAGUGCGGGUUGAUUUAUUGGAGGAUCCAUCUUCUACGAAUGGGAUUCCAGGCGUUGAUUUCUUGAGUGUACAAAUUGCACAUUUGAGAUCAGUGGUUCAUUUACCUGUAAUUUUCACCGUGCGAACAGUUAGUCAGGGAGGUCGCUUCCCGGACGCUGCACAUGAAGAGGCACUGAAACUUUAUAAACUUGCUGUAAAGAUGGGUAUCGAAUAUAUCGACUUGGAAAUUGCUUUCCCUGAUGAGCUUCUACAGGAAGUUACCGAGGCCAAAGGAUUCUCGAGAACCAUAGCUUCACAUCAUGAUCCUCAAGGAACUUUAUCGUGGAAGAACGGUGGUUGGUUUCAACAUUAUAAUAGAGCCCUUCAGUAUGGAGAUAUCAUCAAGCUUGUUGGGUCUGCCAAGAGUAUCGAAGACAACUUUGCUCUUGCAAAAUUCAAGAAGACGAUGGCGGCAGCUCAUGAUACCCCAUUGAUCGCCAUAAAUAUGGGCGUCGCAGGAAAACUGAGUCGUGUCCUAAAUGGGUUUAUGACACCAGUUUCGCACCCAUCAUUGCCAUUUAAAGCAGCGCCUGGUCAGCUUUCUGCUGCCGAGAUCAGAUCAACUUUGUCGACCCUUGGAGAAAUAGAGCCAAAAUCAUUCUAUCUUUUUGGUACUCCUGUCUCCCAAUCGCGAUCACCUGCGCUUCACAACACUCUUUUCAAGCAGGCAGGAUUGCCUCAUCGAUAUUCUAGACUGGAAACUGAUCGCGUUGCUGACGUACAAGCCGUCAUUCGCGCUCCAGAUUUCGGUGGUGCAUCUGUUACUAUUCCGCUGAAACUCGACAUCAUACCACUUCUCGACUCGGUUACCGAUGCAGCCAAGGUUAUAGGCGCCGUGAAUACCAUCAUCCCCAAGCCAGACAACCCACCUCGUCUCGUUGGUGAGAACACCGACUGGCUUGGAAUGACUCACUCCCUCAUGUCCGCAUCUUAUACAGCAUCGCCUGUCGAUUCCCCCUCCCCUGCUCUCGUCAUCGGCGCCGGAGGUACAGCUCGCGCUGCUAUCUACGCUCUCCACUCUCUCGGCCACUCCCCCAUCUACAUGGUUGCGCGCACGCCUUCCAAACUGGACGCUCUGAUAAAUUAUUUUCCUUCAUCCUUCAACAUCAUCCCGCUUCCAAGUACUACUUCGGCCACGGAACUGACUACUCCUCCUGCCGUUGCGAUUAGCACGAUUCCUGCUGAUCGUCCGAUCGAAAGCAACAUGCGAGAAACCCUCGCCGUCCUGUUGAGGCACGAGAGGAGGGACGAGGGAAAACAGAGAACUUUGUUGGAGAUGGCAUACAAACCCUCUCAAACCCCACUCAUGAGAAUGGCGGAAGAUGCUGGUUGGGUUGCGAUUCCUGGAUUGGAGGUUUUGAGUGCACAGGGAUGGUAUCAGGUUAGUUUGUUCCCUUCUCAUUUACUUGUUUGCUAAGGAAAUAAUCCCGAACGGUUUUACUAAAAUAUAUUAUCUAGUUUCAAAAAUGGACAGGCAUCCAACCAUUGUAUGUUGAUGCUAGGGCGGCUGUUAUGGGCGAUAGUACCGCUUAAAAUGGGAAGAGUUUGGAUGCCUACCUUCCUGGCAUCUUAAUCUCUAUCAGUGAUUCAAUGAGUGAUGAGUGUAUGCCGUAAUAUGCUUUAUAAAGAUAUUAGAAAAAGAAAAUUAGAUAGCAAUUGCUUGAAAUGUAUGAGGAAAGUUAUUCUUC